GUGUGCAGCCGGGUACAGUGUAUAUACUGCCGGCCGUGGUCUGUGUGUAUACCGCCGGCAGCAGCGUGACCAUGGCCGCACUGAGGCCAGCGACGGGAUAGACUAUGGCUGCUCUCACACAGCAGCAGCGCAGGGACAGGCGGCGGGUGCCCGGGUGUGAGGGGCCCGGCGGGCGGCACACGCUGAUGUGUGUCCUUUCACAGAUCCAUCAUCACACGCCCGCAUCCUGUGCUGUGCCCGGCGGGGGGAGAGGAGAGGGCGGGAAAGCAGCGGGAGGCUCCCUCAUCAUUAGCUGCACAUCCAUCAAUCCCGCUCCCUGUGUUACUGUCCCCCUGCUCCUUAUUACUCAGUGCUAGCUAGGCACAGAAGUGGAAAACUGACGGGAAACUGGACAGAGUCACCACUUGGGGACAUUUGUAAGAGAUCAAAGCUGUCGGAGACCUGGGGGUGAGAACAGUCAUUGUUAGACACACUUCCAGACACAAGUUGUCCUAAGUCUGUGGACAACAAGCUGUUGGUGCUUGCCUAGAUUGCUUUGAUGGUAAACCAGCUCAUGAUAUGAGCCCUCAAACAGCUUUCCAGAAUAGAGAGACCAGAGAGCAGCUGCCAGCAAGAAGAGACAGGAAGGGGAGACAUAACACAGCAGCUGGAUCAGGACAAUGAGGAGGGAACCUGGAGGAGAAUCUCCGGAGACCUCAAGAAAGAUCUUGAAACCUCAGGUAGAAAAGAGGAGGAGGGAGAGAAUUAACAGUAGUCUGGAGAAGCUGAGGGUCUUGCUGUCUCAAGCAAUGACCAGUGAGAAACUGAAAAACCCAAAAAUAGAGAAAGCAGAGAUUCUGGAGCACACCGUAGAGUUCCUCCAGUCCAGGAUGAUGCCCUCUGAGGUCCAAGAGGAGCACAGCCAGAACUUCCAGUCCGGCUUCCAGCGAUGUCUCCAAACCACGGUGCACUUAAUAAACUCCAACCUACAGUUGUCCCAAGUGAGCAGAGACUUGCUUUUCCAGCAGUUGUCGUCCUCAAAUCUGUUGGAGGCGUCUUCUACCACUGUCCGAGAUUCAGUUCAUCUCUGCAAAACCUUUCCUCCUAUUUUCUACCAAACAUCCAGAUGGACCAGUCGCCCAAGCAACACCACAGUAGACCACACACAUCAUGUUGGUAAUGGCCAAAGGGAAUGCAAUUCUGACCAAACGGCUAAGUCAUGGAGACCUUGGGUGUAAGCGGCCUAAUUUCUUUAGUAUGGCUCCAGUUAUGGUUUGUCUAACAUCAUCUUGAUUUCUCCUUUAGUUAUGGAGAACCAUUUUUUUUUUGUCCAAGCUGAUAUCAUUCCAUAAUUCAUAGAGGUAGGUUUAGAUGUGAACGAGGACUAACUUCUAUGAGGUUGACAUAACAAUGGAUGUUAGUAAGCAACUAACUUCUGCAAGAAGACAAUGGGUGAUCUGGAGCCUUGUUAGCUGAUUAGAUUGGAAAACAUAAUUGUUUUUCGACAAGCACUUGAAGGCAAUUCUCUUUAUUAAAAGUAAGCUGGAAUCAGCCGUAAAAAAUGUGCCAAGGACCUAGAAAACAUUGACUGUGGGUACAUUAUAUGAACAUCUUGGCAAAUUAGUCCUCCACCAUCUGAACAGCCCUGAAUAAUCACAUCCUGUGACCUGUAUCAUCUUCAUACAGCCAUUUUGAGGGGCUGGAUCAUACAUCACACAGGCUUUGUGAAUUAGUAUUGGUCUUGACAACAAAAUGGCUACCUCCAUUAUAUGUAGGUGAGGUUGUGGCAAACAUACUAAUAACAUUUAUAUAGAGCUUUUGUCUAAGAGGACUAAACAAUUAAACAAUUACAGUUAAUCACACCAUUUUGCAAAAGAGGCAGCCAUUUUGGGUGCACUACAAUAGUUACAGUGGGUAAAUAGAAAAUAUGAAAUUAAAAUACAAGAUACAUGAUACUGUACAAACAGUAUCAUCAGUGUCACCGAUUGUUCAUUCCACACAGGAAAGUCCCAGACGAGGUAGCCAUCUUGGGCACACACCAUAGGUUACAGUGGGUGAGGAUCAGCAAUACAAGGCGCUACACAUGGGAAAAUACAAAGUACAAAUGGACAAAAUACAAACAAGAUGCCCACAGAAUAUUCAGCUCCAUGCAUUAUUGUUCAUGCCACCCACAAAAGUACCUGGUAAGGCAGCCAUCUUGGGCGCACCAUAUAGGUUACCAUAGGUAAGGUAGUUGAUAACUGGAGAUAUGGCACACCUUGGCUGACGGUACAGUGUAUAUGUAUAAUUGCAUAUGUUAUAGCUAUAAUUUUCAGUAAUUAUUUAGACCCAUAGCUGACGAGGCGAAGGACGCACUGUCCUUUUUUCUUUAUUCUGCAGUAGAUGACAUGGAAAGGACUCUGCAAGACUAAGUUCAUUACUUUAUAUAUCAUAUUUGUACAUAUGUAAUGCAGUAAUUAUAAUUAGGGCAGUACGAAUUAACUCACAGCACUGAAUCCCACCAAUGUCUUAUAUGUGUGGAGUUUGUAUGUCCUCUCCUUGUUUGCAUGCGUUUCCUCCCACAAUCCCAUGCAGGUAGGUUAGUUGGAUUCUGACAAAAUGAACAUAUCUGUACAUGUGAUAGGGAAUAUAGAUGGAAAGACUGAUGUAAACGACUAAAUAUUCUCUGAAAUGCGCUGCAGAUCCAGUGUACGCUAUAUAUAUAUAACUAUCAUUACUUUAUUUAUACUGUCAUUUUGUUUGAUAUCUGUAUUU